AUGCGCCACAGGCCGGUGGCAGACCCGAGGCGGACGUGUCUGCUGCUCGCGCAGCCGUGCUGCUCGUCGUCCGCGGAAACGUUAAAUCGUGUAGGAGCCGAGGAGCGGAGGCUCGUGUUUGCUCCCGAUUGGUUUCAUGGGGGUUUCCCAAGAAUUAAUUUUGCUUCACUGUUUUUCUUAUCACUGAACAGAAUCCAAGAUCUGGGAUGUGAUCCGCGAGGUGUUGAUCUGUCUCCGCUUCUGAAGCCCCGAGGAUGGGGAGUUCCCCGUAUUGAGCUGAGACCAAACGCUCGCUCUUUUCCAUUUGGCAGACGCUUGCCAUGUGAUAUCUAUUGGCAUGGGGUAUCAUUUCAUGAUAAUGAUAUAUUUUCAGGUCAAGUCAACAAAUUUCCAGGUAUGACAGAGAUGGUACGUAAAAUUACACUGAGUCGAGCAGUGCGAACAAUGCAAUAUCUAUUUCCUCUUGAAUAUAACUUCUACCCUCGAUCCUGGAUUCUGCCAGACGAAUCUUCCUUCUUUGAGAAAGAGAUUCGUAUGAUGAAAGACAGGGAUCCAUCCUGGAAGCCUACUUUUAUUGUAAAACCUGAUGGAGGUUGCCAGGGGGAUGGAAUCUACCUCAUUAAAGACCCUAGUGACAUCAGACUGACAGGAGGCCUACAGAGCAGGCCAGCUGUGGUCCAGGAAUAUAUUUGCAAACCACUGCUUGUUGACAAACUGAAAUUUGAUAUUCGUCUCUAUGUCUUACUGAAAUCUUUAGAUCCCUUAGAGAUAUAUAUAGCCAAAGAUGGACUUUCUAGAUUUUGUACAGAGCCCUAUCAAGAACCCACUCUCAAAAAUUUGCACCAGGUUUUUAUGCACUUAACCAACUAUUCAUUAAAUAUUCAUAGUGGGAAUUUCAUCCAUUCUGACAAUGUAAACACUGGCAGCAAGAGGACUUUUUCAAGCAUUCUGUGCAGACUGUCUUCCAGAGGAGUUGAUGUCAAAAAGGUGUGGUCAGAUAUAAUUUCACUGGUAAUUAAAACAAUUAUUGCCCUGACACCAGAACUAAAAGUUUACUAUCAGUCUGACAUACCAGCAGGAAAGCCUGGGCCAACUUGCUUCCAGAUUUUAGGGUUUGACAUUCUCCUGAUGAAAAACUUGAAGCCCAUGUUACUUGAAGUCAAUGCAAACCCCAGCAUGAGAAUAGAACAUGAACAAGAGCUGUCUCCUGGGGUGUUUGAAAAUGUCCCAAGCCCUGUUGAUGAAGAAGUGAAAGUAGCUGUUAUCAGAGAUACUCUUCGUCUAGUGGAUCCUCAGAAAAAAAAGCAAAAAGAUAUCCAAUCUCAGACUUUGGAGCAUGUGUCAGACACAAAAGAAGAGCUAUUGGAUGCAGGCCCAGCAGACAGACUGGAACAUGAUACCAACAAAAACACAGAGGCUGGCCUACCCUCCUUGUGUCUCAAGCAAGUGUUUCCAAAGUAUGCUAAGCAGUUCAAUUAUCUGCGACUUGUGGACAGAGUGGCUGCAUUGUUUAUCCGAUUCCUUGGUGUAAAAGGGACAACAAAGCUUGGGCCAACAGGUUUCCGAACAUUUAUAAGAAACUGCAAGCUGAGUAACAGCAAUUUUUCAAUGGCUUCUGUAGAUAUCCUAUACAUUGAUAUCACGAGAAGGUGGAACAGCAUGGGAAUCGAUCACAAAGAAUCAGGGAUGUGUUGGCAAGCCUUUGUGGAAGCUUUCUUCUGCCUGGCUCAAAAAAAAUACAAGUCACUCCCACUUCGUGAGCAAGUGGCAUCAUUGAUUGAUUUUUGCGAAUACCAUCUAGCUGUUCUGGAUGAGAAGCGCCUGGUUUGUGGCCGAGGGAUUGCGGAGCGUCGAAAUGCACUAGUUACCUGCCAGACAGAUGGACUUCCGCUUACACCAGCUGCUCAUACAUCCCUCCUGAAUCGCGUGGCCACAGCUAGUAAGCUUGCAGAUUAUAGAAACCAUCGAUACUAAUGGUGCUAUUUUUUCAGGGCAGAGCAGGGGGAGACUGAUGGAAGUGAGAAUUAAUUCCCAGGUACAUACAACAGGAGGUGGAACAGACUCUUGAAUUCCUCCAUCUGAUAGUCAAAAUAGUUUUACAGCUUGUUUGGAUUUACGCUCUUCAAAAAGUCUAUUGCAAGCUCCCAUUUCCAAGUAAUGACCCUUCCUGGCAAUGACUAUUUAUUUACUUCUCCACAGAACCUGCCGUACAUCUUGAGUGACAAACUGUGUCUUUAUCCCGCUUGUAUAGAAAACCAUGCAUGUAGACAAACAACAAAAAUUGUAAGGGGAUGAUAACCAGCAUCAUGGGACUGGUUGCACUGAUUGAGAGGCACGCUUACGUGAAAGGAAUUAUGUUGCUUUGUAUGCACUGGAUGUAUUGUGAAAAGCAAGUAAGGAUUUGCAGACUCAAAUACCAGUUGUGUGUUUUGGCACACUAAAGCCUGGAAUUAUGUAUGUGGUCAAACUUUAGGCUGUGACCAUCUUUUUUGCUAGCUUGGACUGAAUUUGUUGGUAUCAAUACAGAUUUUGUUCAUUGCCUACAGCUAUGUACUUCAUUCACAUUUUAAGUUAAUCUUCAAACAUUGAAAUCAUAAUAUUUUUACUUCCAUUUCUUCAUACGUGACUCUGCCAGGACAACUACUGUUAAAUUUUUAAAGAAAAACUAAAGCUGUUUGCCCUUUUUGCUUCCAGAGAGCCAAUAAGCUCACACUUAUUCACAGAAACAUUAGCUUUGUUCAGUCAAAUUUGGUGAAUCAAGCGGUGUUUUUGUCUUCAACUACUAAGCGCUGCUUCUGCAAAAAGCUACGUAAGAGUCCCUUUGCAGUAUACAGGCCUGAGAGUUCAUUUGGAGUCCAGUGAAAUCAGUCCAGUCACUGGACUUCACGCUUCAGUAUCCUAGGACUGUUUUUUAUUUUCUUUUGGUUUUGGCUUUUGGCUGUUUGUUAUCCUAUUUGGACCUACAGUAGCAUCUAAAGUAGAUCUUUUUUCUCUUUGCAUAUGUUCUUCAUUUUUUCCUUAGAUAGCAGUAUAAUUCUCUAGAAAUUAGAACUGUAUUAUGUAACAGAAUAUUUUGUCAAGAAUGCUGGACUAUACCAUUAUAGCUUUUUUUGAAGGAGUUAUACAGAGUAUUCUUAAUUUUAAAGAAAUGAACCAUGAGUUCCAUAAUCACACUUAGAGGGGCCUAAGUAGAGACAUGAGGAUAUUUGAAAGGACAUGAAUAACUUGGCACUUCAGGGCUAGGUUUCUCCUUUUUUUUUUUUUUUCCAUUUUUUUUUUUUUUUUGGUCUCAUACCUGAACUUUUCAGUUUUUGCCUACAUGAAGCAUCUUUUAAUAAGAUGCUUAUUCUUCUUUAUUAUCCUGAUGGACCUUCAUUUACUGUUUUCUAUUCAGUUGUAUAAGAACAUGAACAACUCAAACUCAGUAGGUUUUGAUUUCACAGAUAUUUUUAGGAGAAAAGUUGUAUGCUUUCAGUUCUUAAUAUAUGCAGAAAAUUAUCUCAGCUUGAUGCCUAAAUGCUGUAAUGGCUGGCGUAUCAGAAAUACCUUUGAUAAAGUCUUAUGUUUUAAAUAUGACCUUAUGGGAAGUACAUUUUCAGUGCAGAGGAUUUAGGAUCUUUAGACCCAUUUGAUGCCAUGGACUAAAUGCAUACACAGUAUUGAGUGAAUUCUUGCUUCAAGAAAGGUUUAGAGUUUACUUUUUUGAUGUUACUUUUAAGUAGCAUGCAUUUUUACCAAGUGGCAAUCAGUAGCAUGGCUGUACAAUUCAGAAGUCAAGCUGAGCCCACAAGAAACUGAGACUCAGAAUGUGUUAAUAUAAGAUGCAGAAGUACCUCCUUAUGCUCUUCUUUGUCUUUUCCUUAACACAAAUAAUAAUAGUAGUAGAUAAUCUUUUCUUUCUGUAAUAGCUAGACUGUUUGAAAUUUUAUGUAUUGUACAGUUAAGAGGACAAUUGUUGACUAAUGCCACUGCCCUCAGCUUUGGUUGUUUCGUAAAGAUUAUUGCAGUAUGAAGAUAAAAUGCCAAACUCCAACGUUUGGCAUCUGUCAGCACAAAUGAAGGUGAAAGGGUCAUUUUUUUCACCGUUUCAUUGUGAUAUAUCUGAAGACGUUCACAAGUUGAAAAAUGGUUACUUCUCAUUUUGUGACAUCUGACAUUUGUCUUGCGAUUGGCAGUGUGUUACUAGAAAAUAGCUUGCAGUUUCUCUCAUCUUGUGAUUGAUGUUCUGUAGAGACAGACUUACAGAAGAGUAGGAUUUGAAAUGUUACAAAUGUGACUGCCUUUCCUUAGAGCUUUCAAGUAGUACCACCCAUGCCCUAAAAUAUCAAUUUUUUGCUGCCAUAUACCAGUUACCCUAAUAUCUAGGUGAAAUAAAUUAACUAUUAUAUAUAAUGAA